CCCUCUCGGCGAUCUUUGGAUGGUUACAAACAUGUUGUAGAUGUGGAGUAUCAUCCACCAGUUUCCACUGAGGGUCCUCAUUUCCGUCCCGAAGCAGCCAAAGCAAAGGAGGCAGCUCAAAAUAUGCCCAACACGGAGAAUGCAGUCGAGUAUCAUGAAAUCAUGGAAGGUACUGGAACUUGUUAUCCGAUGAUGCUUUAUUUGUUGUCCCUCAACAAACAGUAA